AUGUUACAGCUAAGGAUUCAACGUCCACUAUUGAAGAAAAGUGCGUGUAGUCUUAUGGGAAUGCGUACACAUAGGUAUCAUUCAACGGUUAUUGAACAAUCUUCGACGGUGCUCCCUGAGGCUACUGAAGCAAGUGGGAAGAAUAGCGAGAUAAUCUUCCCCAGAUUGACAGAUAUCAAGGCUUCUGAUCUUAUUGGUGGUAGCUCCUUUGGUUCGGGGAACUAUUUUAUUACUAGAAGUUCGACCGGGAAUCUGCCGGUAUAUUCCGAUUACAAGGCAGGUGGAAAUAAACAUGUCACUGAGAUAAGGAGAAUUCAAGGUGACAUUAUUCAAUUGAGAAACGAUUUACAAAAAAAGCUACCCAAAAUACCCUUGGACAACUGGAAGGUGUUACCUCAAUCAAAAAAAAUCAUUAUAAAGGGGAAUGUAGUAAUGGAGAUUAAACAAAUUCUGUCAUCAUCAUUUUAA